AUGUCUUUUCCACCCAUUGAGGAAGCCCCACGCUCCAUGACGCGCCGCAACUACCUUGUGGAGCGCAAUCGCCUGCGCGUCAACGCGUAUGCGCCAAUCCGCAAGGAGCUGGAGGAGGAAGACAUCCGUGUGGCGCGGGCGCGUCAGGAGCAGCACAAGAAGAUGCUCGACAGCUGGAAGACCCAGUCCAACUACAACCCAGAUGCCUCGAGGCCCCUCCCUGGUGGAGGGCCACAUUUGAAGCGCAUGAAGAAGGCAUCCGCGCUCAAGAACCCCAAUUACUAUCAAAUUAUCAAGGAGGAGGAGGCGGAGCUAAAGGCGGAGCGGACCGCUAUGUACAAAGCUGACAUGCAGCAGCAGCUUAAGGAUCGGAAGGAGUACCUCAGUAAGUCGCGCUCAGCUGAGAAGGCGUACGUCACAGCGCUUGUGGAAAGUCACAAGGAAAUGGCGCGUCAGAUGGAGGAACGCGAGCGCGAAGACGCAAAGGCCCAAAAGGCAUACAUGGACCGCAUGCGAGAAAGUAACCUGCGGGAGUUGGAGCAGAGACGCCUCAAGGAGAAGGAGCGUGAAGAGUAUGAACUUUCUGUUCUGCGAAACCUGCAGGAGCGUGAUAAGGAGAAGGCCGCAACGGAGGAGCGCCGCGCAAAGGAUAUGAAGCUCAUGAUGCAGAAGGAAAAUGAGGAAUAUAAUCGUAGCAUGAUGAAGAAGCAGGAGGAAAACAAAGCGCGCGAGGAGGCAGAACUGAAGGCCAUACUGGAAUUCAAUGCCACCCUUGCGGAGCGCGAGCGUCAGAAGCAGGUGCGUGAACGGGACCGCUACAGGACAGAAUUUGAAGAAACCAUUAAAAAGCAGAAGGAGUUUCAUCAAACCCACAACUAUGACGAACCCCUGGAGGCGAUCCGCGAGCGGAAUGAGAAGGCUGCUGCGUCUUUGCUGCUUAUCAAGCAAGAGGAGCGGCUUCGCCUGGUGGACCGCCGUCGGGAGUAUCGCAACGCAUUGAUGCAGCAAAUUCGUGAGAAGCAGGAGUGGCAGCUGUCACACAUCGACGGAAUAUGA